AUGGCAAUUAUUGUUCCAAAUCUGGUUAUAUUUUUGUUCGCAGGAAGCUCCUUGGUGCUUGUUCGUCAACCUCUUCCAGCUCCUUUGUGGAAGAAGUUUUGGCGUACUAGUGCCCAGCCCCGUUGCAAGGAGGUGGCGUGGCGUGUGGUUUCAUCUUUACUACCAGUCCGUGCAGCGCUUCGUCGGAGAGGCAUGGAUGUUGCCCUUUGUGCCCGCUCCAUGGAGGACUUCUUGGCGGACUUUUUCCGAGCAGCUGAUGAUGAUGCACUCUCACUAUGGCAGGCUGGAGUGUACGCUCUUUGGGAGAUGCGCAACCGUGUGGUUUUCCGAAAUUGUGAGAUUCUUGUGCCCGUAGCAGCCGUGAUCCAGCGAUGUUCCAUGCUAGCUGCUGCGCCGGUGUCAGAGGUGACGGUGGUGCCUAGACCAGCCCCGUUGUUGCAGGCAACUUGGGCCCGACCACCUUAUGGUAUCUACAAGCUGAAUUUUGAUGCAGUUGUGGCUACCACGGGAGAGGUGGGUUUUGGUUUGAUUGUGAGGAAUAUGUUGGGUGAGGUCCUUGCUUCUGCAGCACAAUAUCUUCUCCAUGCAGCUUCAGCGAUUCUUGGGGAGGCUUUAGCCUUUCGCUGGUCUAUGCAGCUUACCAUUCAGAUGGGGUUUCGUUGGGUUCUUUUUGAGACAGAUUGUUUGCAGCUGUUACAGCUUUGGAAGAAACCUCCAGAUGGUCGAUCGUAUUUAUCUAGUAUUGUUGGUGAUUGCUUUAUGUUAUCUCGUUAUUUUAAUUAUGUUGACUCGUCUUUUGUUCGCUGUGGGGGCAAUUCUGUUGCUGAUUUCUUAGCUGGUACCGCUUCCAAGUAUACUGAUAUGGUUUGGUUGGAAGAGGUACCUAGGGAGGUCAUAACUUUGGUUCAUAAGGAUGUAAUGGCUUCUAUGCCUGCUUUUGAUUAA